AUGAGAUUGGGUGUAUCAAAGAGAACUGGAGCUACUGACCAUCAAGCUCAAAUACAACCUACAUAUCAAUUGUCAGAAUCAUAUAAACCAAAAUCUGCAAAAAAUACUACUGAUGAAAUUCUUAAUAAGUCUGCAACUUCAAGCAAUAAAAUAGUUGAUUCUCCUGAAAUUACUAAGGCAGAAAAAAUACACAAACUUCUUGAUAAUUAUAAAGCUUCAUUAGAUGAAAUGGACUUAAAUUACAAAUCCAAUAUUAAUAGAAUAGUGAAUAGAAUUGCUGAAAGACUUGAGCAAAGGAGACUUGAUAAGGAAAUUGCUAGUAUUUCUGGUGGAAUUAAUACUCUAAAUAUUAACAAUCCUGUUCCUGGUCCUAUAGAUACUUCUAAUUUGAUACAUGAAAUUGCAACUGAUGAUGAUGAAUAUACUCUCCGAUUUGAAAAUAAAGGACUAUCAAUUGAUAAAAAUUCGAUUAAAAUUAUUCACAAAUUAAUUAUAGAAGAAUUGACUUGUUUGGGGUUAUUGCAAAGUGAAGGCUCUUAUACACCAUCUCUGUCAAAAGAAACUUCUAAGCCUAGUGAAUUCAUAAUGCCACAAAUUUUCAAUAAUUCUAUGGAUAUUGAUCUUGUAAGGAUUGAAAAUGCCAAAGAUUUAACUGCUAUAGAGGGACAGAUAGAGGGAGGAUCAUUAAAACAUGUAGCAUUUACCUAUGAUGGAAAGGACUUCUUUAUCCCAUUCAUUCCUGAUGAAAAUAGACAAAAAAAUAAAAGUCAUAAAUCUUUAGUCUUGCAGGCAUUAGAAUAA